AAAAAGACGCGAAUCGGGUCUAUUGUAUAAGCGGUACUACUACUACUAUUGCUACUAUUACUACUUCCACACAACUACAGUCCCUGUCAUUGCUACUACAGCUACUGUAGCAGCAGCAUAAUCAACAUACAAAUACGUGCAGAGUUCGACGCGCUACUACUAUUGCAAUCAGCAAUCAACAAUCGUUGCUCGUGCAGACAACGAAACGAGAGAGCAAGUGGAGAAGCCAGACAACAAGUGUCGAGGAACACGAAUCGGCGGCGGGUGCUCGAGCGUCAUCGAAUCAUCAGCAGCAGCAGCAGCAACAAGUGUCGUGGUGUGAUGGAACCCAUCAUGUGCUACCAGGAGUACAGGGAUUCCCUGGCCUUGGCCGAAACCCUCGCAAGGGCCUGCCUGAUGACUUCGAAGGCUGCACGCAAACGUAUCGCGGCCAGAAGCAUCGAGAUCAAUUUCGGCAGUCUGGACCAGAACUCCGGCGACUACAUCCCUCCGAAAGAGCUCCUCAUGUAUAUGGUCAGAAUGGGCAGCUUUUCGUCAUCACCGAAGAUUAUAAACGACGACGUUUUGGAUCACGAUGUUAGUUUUCCGGAUAACAUUAGUCGUCAGGAGUUGCUGCAAUUUUGCCAGAAACAGUACGAUUUAUACCCGAUGGUGAAGAGACCCUUCAGGAGGGCCAAAAGCAAUGAUGAUAUGUUGACUUACAGCCUGAAGGCUCGCAAAUUAAGUGGAGUUUCUGAAGGUUGCAGCGAUUACAUUUCGAAUCCUCUGUCUUUGCGCAUUUUCCAAUGGAACGUCCUUUCACAAUCUCUCGGUCAGUUCAACGAUAACUUCGUGAAAUGCCCAGACGAGGCUUUGGAAUGGCACAACAGGAGAUUCCACAUGAUCGAGGAAAUCAUCGAAUAUUGCCCGGACAUCAUCUGCUUACAAGAAGUGGAUCAUUUUAAUUUCUUGCGAUACGUGUUGAAUACUCAAGGAUACACGGGAAUGUUCUUCCCGAAACCGGACUCCCCGUGCAUCUACAUAGACGGAAACAACGGUCCAGACGGCUGCGCCAUCUUCUACCGCAAAGACAAAUACGAACUGGUGAAGAAGGAGUCGAGGAUAUUGGAAAUCUGGAGAGUGCAAAGCAAUCAGGUGGCUAUGCUGAUGAUCUUGAAAGUGCUAGAAACUGGAAAGGAAAUCUGCGUGGUAACUACACACUUGAAGGCAAGAAAGGGUGCAUUGUUGGCGACUUUACGCAACGAGCAAGGAAGGGAUCUUCUGAACUUCUUAUCGACACACUGCGGUGAUCGUCCUGUCAUCCUUUGCGGCGAUUUCAACGCGGAACCAACAGAACCAAUCUACUCGACACUCCUGAACAACAAAUUCAAUUUGUCGAGCGCGUACGCGGAUUGCAAGAGCUCCGAAGAACCACCGUACACGACGUGGAAGAUCAGGGAGGAAGGCGAGGUGUGUCACACCAUCGACUACGUUUUCUACACUAAGGACAAGCUCGAGGUGGACGCAGUGCUGGAAUUCCCGACAGGCGAUGAGAUCGGCCCGGAUCGCGUUCCAUCCAACAACUAUCCUUCGGAUCAUUUCUCGUUAGUCUGCGACUUCAAGUUGAGCUAUUAGCGACGGAUGAAACGAUAAUUAAAGAAAUCAAACGCACACUUACUCCGGGGGUUAUAUUUUUCGUAGCUCUUGUAUUUAUUUCUGUUUUACAUGACACUUUAUUUUUUUGUGAUAUACAUUUAGGCUAGAUAUUAAUACUGUAAAAAACAAAUCUAUUUAUAAGUGGUUACUAUUAUUAUUACUUUUUAAGACAUGUUUUGUUUCGAAACUAAGGUAUUUUUUUUUAUAUAUAUAUAGAUGUAUAUAAAAGUACAUAAAUAUACGACGCGCACGAAACCUAA